GCUGUGUUUUCUGCGUCAGCAGUAGUUAAUUUUUCCAGCAAAUGCUGAAAGAGUUAAAGGUGAUUAGGGAUUUCCACUCAGUGACCUCACCUUUGUGUGGGAUAGUCAACGCAUUUGCUCUGACAUCCUUUCUAUGAAGCAGUGCAGUGACAGCUGGAAGUUGCUUUCAAGAAGUCAUCUCAAAGGCAGUUCCCAAGGUGGUCUGACAGUAUCCAACACCUGAACUUUUCUCAGCACAGAAGACAAAUCACCUUGAAUUUCUCAAUUUUCCAAGUUCGUGACAAUGACAACUUAUUUUGGAGUUACCUCAGCGGUGUUUUCAGUCUGGGUUAUGACAUUCAUGGCUCAAAAUUACUUCAUAACAGGUUCUACUCUUCCACCUUGCAGGAUCACAGGUGUAGGUCUUUAUGAGGAGAAAGUGAAUUUCUCAGAAGCAAGUAAUGCAUGCAAUCAAUUGAAUUUACAACUGGCAAGUAAAGACCAGGUUGAAAAGGCUUUGAAACAUCGCUUUGAAACGUGCAGCUAUGGAUGGGUGAAAGAUGGAUUGGUUGUAAUUCCUCGGCUAACAUCCAACCAGAAAUGUGGUAAGGGCAAGGUUGGACUGGUGACAUGGAAUGCUGAACACUCUAAAACAUUUAUGGUUUACUGCUUCAAUUCUUCAGAUGUUCAGAUUAAUUCAUGUGUACCAGAUCCAACUACAACUAGACCAUCAUCAAGCGCACCAACGCACUUACCUGCCUCUUCAGGCUCAGAUUUAACUGAAAACGUCACAGUAGUGCCUAACGCAACUGAGACGGAACGGGCCUUGAAAAAGCUGAAAUUUCAGGUGGUAUGUGUAACUGAAACAAUCUUACCAACUGAGGAGACUACUACCAACACGCCAGGGGAAUACUCACUUGACUCUCCCAACUACACUUCCCGUGCUGCCUUUAAGAACGAUGGCGUUGUCUUUGGAGGUAUCCCAACAGCACUCCUUGUACUGGCACUCAUCUUCUUCGUUACUUCAGUUGUUCUAGCAGUCUGCUAUAUCAAAAAGUACAAGACAACGUUCCCAUUUUCAUACAAGAAUCAGAAAAAAGAACUGGUUGAAACUACAGCUCUCAAAGAGGCUGAGUCAAAUGACAAGACACCAGAGAAGGAAACAAAGAAUAAUGGGAAAAAGGUAGAAGAGUCUAAAUCCAAGCCUGAGACCACAGUAAAAUGUUUAGAAGCAGAAGUUUAAGAGGAAGAACAUACACUUCUUUUUAGAAAUACAUAAAACAAAGCACACACCUUAACAAUUCUUUUAAACAUGGGUGACUGUAAAUACUCAUGAAUUAAUAUUUUCUCUAUCUUAACAUACAAAAACGUCUUUUUUAAUAAUUACAACUGUAAAUGCUCUUGCAAAAGAACAUGGUCUCUUAUUUACCUGAAAUAAAUGAAACGUCCAUAUUACAGCUCAUUUUUCUUAAUAAAGAAGUAAACAGGAAUCUGCUGUUAAUGACAUACAGUGUGUAAGUAUUUGCACAGAAUUCAGAGCAAUAUGUAAUUAAAAAUUCCUUUUUAUCUGGCUGGAGAAUGUCUGCUAACUGAAUGUCUAAACUAAAACGAUAUUGUAGCUCUUUAUCUGUAGGGUAGUUUAUUUCCAUUAAAUAGUUACUUUUUUUAAAAAGUGUGUUUACAAACAGAACAACUAAAUCCGUUUAGAAGUAAAAAAUAACUUUAAAAAAUCAAUAUAUCAGCCCACUGUCAUUCAAAUACCCAAAAAAAAGGAUGUUGACGUGUUCAUAUAUAUAUAUAUAAUAUAUAUGUUAUAUAUUAUAUAUAUAAUAUAUAUUAUAUAGUAUAUAUUAUAUAAUAUAUAUUAUAUAUAUAUUUUUUAUAUAUAUAUUAUAUAUAUAUUUGUGUGUGUUCACAUACUUAUAUAGCAACGAGUAACUUUCGUAGGCAUCUUCAUCAUCUAAUUUACUGUUUUAUUUAUUAAAACAUGUAUGAUUCUCAUAUCACAUAUUUGAUGGGGAAAAUAACCUUGAAGAACUUUGACUUGUAUCUCAACAAAUAUAUAUAAGGUCUUUGUGGAUAUUUAAAUGUAAUUUUCAAAAUAAAGACCUCAGGUAUUAUGGGGCAUUUACAGUACUUCAUAAAAACAAACAAACAAACAAAAAA